AUGGUUCUGCAAACACUGCUACUUCAUGCUAGAAUGAAGAUUAGACAAGCAAGAAAUACAAUCAGUGAACUAGAAGAUGCAGAUGGAAAUAUUAUUAUUAUUACAAAUGAAGAUCAAGAAAUGUUGGACUCCAUUCCCACCACAGAAGAAAUCAAGAAAAUUGUUUUUGAAAUGAACUCAGAUAGUGCACCUGGUCCAGAUGGAUUUCCUGGAUCAUUUUAUAAAAGUUGCUGGGAUAUAAUUCAGUUGGAUUUAAAAAAUGCCAUACAAUUCUGUUGGAGAAGAAGGUUUAUCCCCAAGGGCCUAAAUUCAAAUUUCCUAACCCUCAUUCCUAAAUGUGCAGGUGCUUAUGUUAAAGGGAGAAGCAUUCAAGAACAAAUACUUCUAGCUUCAGAGAUGGUUAAUGAAAUGAGGAAAAAGAGAAGAGGUGGUAAUGUGGCUUUGAAACUGGACAUAUCUCAGGCUUAUGAUUCUGUAAGUUGGACUUUUCUUCUUAAAGUUAUGCGCAAAUAUGGAUUUUCUUCAUCUUGGUGUAAUUGGUUGUUAAGCAUUUUUGAAUCUGCAAAAUUAUCAGUAAUGAUCAAUGGAGGACCAUGUGGUUUUUUCUCAAUGCAUAGGGGUCUUAAGCAGGAUAAGUAUCUUGGUAUCAUUCUAGCUCCAGGAAGGGUAACUACAGAAAUGGUUGGCCAAUGUUACCCUCUUUACAAUAUGGCAGUUUACAAAUGGCCAUCUUCUGUUAUUAAGAUCUGUGAAAAACUAAUAAGAAACUUUCUAUGGUCAGGUGAUGGUGAGAUUAGAAAGUACAAAACUUUAUCUUGGAAGAAGAUCUGUGUGCCAUACAAUGAAGGUGGCUUGGGUAUUAGAAGGCUAGAAGUCUUUAACAAAAUUUUGCUGAUGAAAAUGAUGUGGAAAUUGAUAUACUCAUCAGAUGAAUGGGCUCUGUUUUUUACAGCUAAGUUCAAAGAUAAAUAUGGUAUAUGGUUUUCAAAAUGGAAAUUAUCAUCUGUAAGAGCAGGUCUGCAAUGGGCUUGGCUUACUUUACAAGAAGACAUCUCUUGGAAGGUUGGAAAUGGAGCUAACAUCUCUGUCUGGUUUGAUAACUGGUAUGGAUCAUCCCCACUAAUCACUGAAAUGGUUACCACAAUUUAUCCAUAA